UUCAAAUUAGUACGAAUAGGUGUAGAAGAGUUAACGAUUGACUAGAAAAAAGGAGGUACAAGGAUUAUAGUUACAGUAUUCUUUAGUUUUCAGAACAGAUGAAGCUUUCUCAACGAUGUACCGCAACCGUUGAACUCAAACAGUAGAAGAAAAGCAAUAUUAAUAUCUAGCAUGUAAUAUGUAAGCUUGACGUUAGGCGAUACGCUCACGACUAUUUACCAACAUAGGGGUAAGGAAGAAUUAUCUUGGGUCUUCAUCAGAUACAAUGAUGAUGCAUGCAAGAUACAUUAAUUAUCAAGAACAUAGGGUUAUUGAUUAGACAGAUCAGUUCAGAAAACACUAAGGAUUUUCUGGAUAAAACAACAAAAGAAAAAAUCUCAAUUUUGAAGAUGUCUAGUGUGUUGAGGAGAGGACUCCCUAUCGCUGGGCGGUUUGGAAGUAACAUUCUACAUAGCAUUGUGAAACAAAAGUAUGGGAAAAAUGUGUCUUGGAUUGUUUAUCCUGCAGCUAGGACAAUGUCGUAUGUAGGAGAUAGUCAGAUAAGCUUCCAGCUCAAGGAAUAUCCACGUGCUAUUAAUUCGUUCUAUAACCAGACAGCCAUUGACAUAGCUGCUGCUCAGCCCUCGGUGCGUUUAGAUCCAGCUACUCUCUUGUAUUCCAGUAAAAGUCCAGAUGGAAGUCAUUUAUUGAGGAGUGCUCAGUUUUUACACAAAGAAUUGCCUGUAAGGAUUGCCCAUCGGAUUUCUGGAUUUCGCAGCUUGCCUUUCAUUGUUGGAUGUAAUCCAAUCAUCAUAUCUGUGCAUGAACUGUACAUCCGGGCCUUCUUCAUCUUGUCAGAAUUUCGAGCAAUCACUGACUUGGAAACAGAAAAACAGUACAGCGAAAUGCUUAAAAAUUUGUUGGAUGAUCAUCGGGAUGUAGUCACAAAGCUGGCAUCCGGCUUCCAGGAAUGCAGAAAGCACAUCAAGGAAGAAGAAUUAGUUAGACAGUUUCUGGAUAGAACUCUGACAUCGCGACUGGGAAUUAGAAUGCUUGCAGAACAUCAUUUAGCCCUACAUAAUGAACAGCCUAACCAUGUUGGUAUUAUCAAUGUUGCCAUGAAACCGAAAGAUGUCGUGGACCGUUGGGCUGAUUUCACGAGACAAAUUUCCGACCAUAAGUAUGGGAAAGCUCCAGAAAUUAAGUGUAACGGACACAUCACUGCCAGUUUUCCAUACAUUCAGAUUCCGAUAGACUAUAUAAUUCCAGAACUUCUGAAAAAUGCAGUGAGGGCUACCAUUGAAAACAACCCGGACAAACCAGAAUCCAAUCUUCCUCCUGUAAUAGUGACCAUUGCCAAUAAUGAUGCAGAUUUUGUUUUGAGGGUCUCAGACCGUGGGGGAGGGAUCCCACACCACAUGGUGGACCAUGUUACUCGGUACCAUUUCAGUACCGCCAGCAUCACGCAGGAGGAAGACACGGGGUUGUUUAGUACCAUGAUUUCAGAAUCUAACCAUGGUCCAUCUGGACCGAUGUACGGGUUCGGUUUUGGGUUACCGACAACCCGAGCUUAUGCAGAAUAUUUGGGUGGAAGUUUGACAAUCCAAACGAUGCAAGGAAUUGGUACAGAUGUGUAUCUCAGAUUGAGACACAUGGACAGGAAACAAGGUGGCUUCAGGAUUUAAAAGAAAAUCCUCUUAAACGAGUCCUUGGAAACAAAAACUAGAGAACUGAAUUUUCAGGAACUCUUAAUUUUAUUUUCCCCACAUGGUGUUCUAGGUGUACUUGUUAAUGCCUGUGAAACUACAUGUGAUCGGUCGUAAAUUCUUUAUUUAUGUCUGGCUGUUAUUUGUUUACCUAACUUAUUAGAUAUUAACCUACAGCUUUUUUUUUGUGCAUCGGUACAUACUUGCGUGUUAGGUAAAACGAAAUAAAUGUUGUAUUUCUAAAUUGUAAACAUUUCUAAUUUUAAUCUAUUUUUUUAAGAUUGUGACAAGAUUUGUUUAAAUAAAUCUUAGAACGUGUUCAGAAUCUCCGUGUUUAGAUUGUGAUAAAGCAGGUGUGUUGUCCAUUAGUUUGGAUGCUAAUCCUCGGUGAUAAAUAUAAUACCCGAUAUGCUGUAAAAAAUUUUUUUAUUAAUAUAAUGUCGUACAAUGAUACUAAUUGUUAUAACACUCAACUCAGAAUAAUUAAAGUGUUUCAGACCUAUUUUGAUUUGUUUUAGUAAUUAUCAAUUAAUGACAAUAGCAUAAUUAUUUCCUACCUCAUAGAAAUAAUUUAUCUUUGAAAAGAAACAUCAGAAUUUGACAUCUACAAGCGGAGUAUCGGUAGAGAACAAACGUGUUUACUUGUUUGUUUGAAAUGCUGGAAAAAAAAUAUUUUGUGAAAACUAGUUUAUACAUAUUGUAUACAUUUACUCAUUUCUUUUGCUUUUUCAUACAUAUGUCUUAGAAAUAUCUAUUUAAAAUAACAUUUUCCAUCCAAAUUUGGUGAAGAUAGUUGUGAUUUUUGUACUUGUAGAGUUUAAUAGAACUGACUUUCAGAUUAUUAAGCCUUUUUUUUUACUGUCAAGUACCUAUAAGAUAAGGUUAUUUUCACACUUUUUGUGUGUGUGUUUAAUAAUUUGGUUUUUAAUAUUUUGUUUCCAAAGCCCAUUUUACUUAAAUUUCACAGUGAUAUUAAUAGUCUAAUCAGUUUUAUGAACAGUUUAUUUCCCUCUACCCCAUUGUGACUCGGUGGUAAGUCACAGCUUAAAAUACUGAAAUUCGAGUUUUGAUACCUGUUGUGGGCACAGCACCAAUAGCUCAUUGUUUAGCUUUGUGCAUUUUGACUUUGAAGCAAAAACAUGCUGAAGACUAUAUUUACAAAAACUAAGGAUUUGUGUUGAGUGUAACAUGAAUUAUCCAAACCUAUCAUUCAGUUCUGUAAAUACCAACAUAAAGGCUUGGGAUUCGUGUUGAGUGUAACAUGAAUUACCCAAACCUAUCAUUCAGUUCUGUAACUACCAACAUAAAGGCUUGAACCUUAAGUUUUAAGUACAAGGUAAGAAAUCCCUUUACAAAAAAAAAGUAACCACCAUCUCUCGUUGACGUAUUUGUUCCUUAGACUGAUUGUUAAGACUGAUAGGGCUAUGUUUCUAACCCGUAAAGUUAAUUGUUGAUUAAUAUGGACUUCAGUGGAAGAUUUUACACAAUCAGUCACUUUGAAUAUUUGAAUUAACCAUGAAAGAUAUAUUGUAAGAGAAGAUAGUUUAAAAGAUCCUAAAUUGUAAUGUUAAAUUAUAUAAACAUCACUUAGGUUGAUAUGAAGAUCUUUGAAAACAAAAACUAAGCACAUUAGAGCAUUACCAAACAUGUGUUGUUUUAGUUCAUUUUAGGUUGUUACUUCUUCAAAAGUUACCUGCACUUAACACAUACUUUUUAAAAAAAAAAAAA